AUGUCUAUAGUGGACUCUCUUACUACACCAAAACUAUAGCCAAAGUUGUUUGACAGAUAGCGGAUUAAGUAUAAGUAAUUGUUUCAAGUUAAAAAAAUUAGCUAAGUCGCUUUCUGCAUUAUUACUGUCAGCAUAUCUGGUACUUUAUACGUAAUGAGUUUAAUUUAGCCUGAGUUUGUUUAUUAAGUACUGAGCAGCAACCGUGUUAAUCCACCUUAAGUGAACAAAGAGGCUAGAGGCUGUGAAAGCGGCAGGGGAGGGGUCUGGAGCUCAAUGCUAGUGCAUGAGAGAGAGGAUACAGAAUCUACACCGGUGAAGAGCACCCGGGAUCCUACACUCUAGGGAGCAGCUAUCAGACUGCCUGACACUGCAUGGUCCAAAAGGAAUUAAGAAAAUAUGGAAUGACAUGAGAGCUUAGCUAAGGAUUAACAGCUUUGAGGACAAACACCUCAGUGAGGUGAAGCACAAUCUUAAGCUCACAGCUCUUAAGAGCUGUGUGCAGAGGAAAAAAAAUGGCGGAUCCUGGUAUGAUGAGUUUAUUUGGAGAAGAUGGCAAUCUUUUUAGUGAAGGGUUAGAAGGCCUUGGUGAAUGUGGUUAUUCAGAAAAUUCUGUCAAUUCCAUGGCACAACAACUGCCGAUGGAACAGGGCUUUGGCACUAUGCAGUCACCACUCCACCAUAACACAAGCAGUCAAAAUCAAGCAAAGCUAACCCACUUUGAUCAUUAUAACCAAUAUGAGCCACAAAAGAUUCAUAUGAUGGAUCAGCCUAAUAGAAUGAUGACUAGCACUCCGGGGAAUGGUAUUGCCUCUCCUCAUUCACAGUAUCAUAACACACCUGUUCCUCAAGCCCCUCAUGGUGGAGGGCAGAUGGGAGUGUACUCUGGUAUGCAGAAUGACAGACAUGGGCCACCUUUUGUGGACAGUGGCUCUAUGUGGGGACCCAGGGCUGUACAAGUGCCAGAUCAGAUAAGACCAUCUUACCAGCAACAGCAGCCACCAACUCCUUCUGGUUCCCAGGGUCCUUCACAUGUUCAACAAAUGGGAAAUUAUAUGGUUCGAGGAGAUUUUUCCAUGCAGCAACAUGGGCCUUUGCAAUCACAGCGGAUGAAUCAGUUUUCACAAGGACAAGAGGGUCUGAACCAGGGAAAUCCUUUCCUUGGUGCUGCAGGACCAGGUCACUUGUCUCAUGUGCCCCAGCAAAAUCCUAACAUGGCAUCUUCACUUCGUCAUUCGGUCCAGCAAUUUCACCACCAUCCGCCCCCCACCCUCCAUGGAGAUUCUGUUGCUCACAGUCCUCGAUUCUCUCCUAAUCCUACUCAGCAGGGUUCAGUUAGGCCCCAGUCCCUCAACUAUAAUUCACGCAAUCAGACUGUACCUUCACCUACACUAAACAACUCAGGGCAGUAUUCCCGGUAUCCUUAUAGUAACAUUAAUCAGGGAUUAGUUAAUAAUACAGGGAUAAAUCAGAAUUUAGGCCUUACAAACAACACUCCGAUGAAUCCAUCUGUACCUAGAUACCCGAAUGCUGUGGGAUUUCCAUCCAAUAAUAGUCAAGGACUGAUGCACCAGCAACCCAUUCAUCCUAGUGGCUCCCUUAACCAAAUGAACUCACAAACUAUGCAUCCUUCACAGCCUCAGGGAACUUAUGCUUCUCCACCUCCCAUGUCACCCUUAAAAGCAAUGAGUAAUCCAGCGGGUACUCCCCCUCCACAGGUUAGGCCCGGCAGUGCUGGAAUACCAAUAGAUGUUGGUAGUUACCCAAAUAUGCCCCAUCCUCCAAAUCACCAGCCUCCUGGUAGUAUGGGUAUGGGGCAAAGGAAUAUGGGCCCCAGAAAUAUACAGCAGGGUCAGACUUUCAUAGGUAUGUCUUCAACCCCAAGGGAGAUGGGUGGGCACAUGAGACCAAAUGGCUGUCCUGGAGUUAGCCAUGGAGAUCCACAGGCAAUACAAGAACGGAUGAUGUCUGGCCAGCAGCAUCCUGGUCAUCCAUCUUUUCAGCAACAAAUGGCAAACUGUCAACCUCAUCCAGCUAUGCACCAUCAGUCUUCACCACCGCAUUCACAUCAUCAACCAUGGACUCAGCUUCACCAGUCACCUCAGAACACUCCUCAGAAAGUGCCUGUCCAUCAGCAUUCCCCGUCUGAUCCUUUUCUUGAUAAUACUAUGCCGGAUAUGACUCGGAUUAGUGGCCACAACGCCCCUUUAAUGAAUUCUGAAGAUUUCUUACCAUCCAUGCAAACCAAGCCCCCGCAGAAGAAACGGAAGAAAAAAAACAACCACAUUGCCGCGGACAAAGCUGGUAAAGGCUUAGGCCAGGAAGGUUUACCCGGGGAAAACCCAGAGUCACAACUCGAAGGUGCCCCUGAGGGGAAGAAAAAGAAAAAACCUAAAGCUAAAAAAGAACCAAAGGAGCCAAAAGAACCUAAAGAACCUAAAGCAAAGAAAGAGCCGAAGGAACCCAAGGCUCCAAAACAGCCCAAAACCCCUAAAGAGCCAAAAGAGAAGAAGGUGAAAAACACCACACCAAAAACAAAGACCAGCAAGAAAAGCAACAAGACUGAGGGUGAUGCCGGUGCUCAAAAGAAAAAAGUAAUAAAGGCGAAACCUGAAGGUGCUGAAAACCCAGAUGUAGAAAAAACCCCACCACUGUCUCCACCUCCAGAGGAAGAGGAUGACUCCGGAGUACAGAAGAGACGCUCCAGCCGGCAGGUUAAAAGGAAGCGCUACACAGAAGACCUGGAAUUUAAAAUCUCAGAUGAGGAGGGCGAUGAUGCAGAUGCCACUGGACGCGAUUCUCCUUCUAAUACUUCUCAGUCAGAGCUGCAGGAGGCUCUGGAUGCAGAGGGACCUGUUGUGGAGAAAAUCAUGAGCUCUCCCGGCUAAGCAAAGAAACAGAUGGAGGAAUCUGGUGAAGAGGUGGAGUUUGAAGAAUUCUAUGUAAAAUAUAAGAACUUCUCAUAUUUGCAUUGUCAGUGGGCUUCUUUGGAAGAACUAGAGAAAGACAAGAGAAUUCAGCAAAAGAUUAAACGCUUUCGGGCAAAGCAAGUCCAGAACAAGUUCCUUUCCGAGAUUGAGGAUGAUCUUUUUAAUCCCGACUACGUGGAAGUGGACCGGUUACUGGAUAUUUCUCUCAGUACAGAUGAAAAUGGAGAGCCUGUGACUCAUUACCUGGUAAAGUGGUGUUCACUUGCUUAUGAAGACAGCACUUGGGAGCUAAAGCAGGACUUGGAUUCAGCAAAGAUUGAAGAAUUUGAGAAACUCCAGAGCAGGGAGCCAGAAACAGAACGCGUGGAGCGACCUCCUGCCGACGAGUGGAAGAAAUCGGAGAGUUCCAGGGAGUAUAAAAACAAUAACAGUCUCAGGGAAUACCAGUUGGAGGGAGUAAAUUGGCUGCUGUUCAAUUGGUACAAUGCACGAAACUGCAUUUUAGCAGACGAAAUGGGCUUGGGGAAGACUAUCCAGUCAAUCACCUUCCUGUAUGAAAUAUUUUUGAAAGGCAUACAUGGUCCAUUUUUGGUUAUUGCUCCACUGUCAACAAUCCCCAACUGGGAACGAGAGUUCCGCACGUGGACAGAACUGAAUGUGGUAGUUUAUCAUGGAAGCCAAGCAAGCCGCAAAACCAUCCAAAUUUAUGAAAUGUACUUCAAAGAUUCCCAGGGCAAAACAAUAAAGGGUUCCUAUAAGUUCCAUGCUAUCAUCACCACCUUUGAAAUGAUUCUUACGGACUGUCCUGAGCUCAGGAACAUUCACUGGCGAUGUGUGGUUAUUGAUGAGGCUCAUCGGCUAAAAAACAGAAACUGCAAGCUGUUGGAGGGGUUAAAGAUGAUGGACUUGGAACAUAAAGUGCUGCUAACAGGAACCCCUUUGCAAAACACUGUGGAGGAACUUUUCAGUCUACUGAACUUUUUGGAACCUGACCGCUUCCCUUCAGAGAGCAACUUUAUGCAAGAAUUUGGGGAUCUGAAGACAGAAGAGCAGGUACAAAAGCUUCAAGGUAUUUUAAAACCAAUGAUGUUAAGACGUCUCAAGGAAGAUGUGGAGAAGAACCUGGCUCCAAAAGAAGAAACCAUUAUAGAAGUAGAACUGACAAAUAUUCAGAAGAAAUAUUACCGUGCUAUACUUGAGAAGAAUUUUAAUUUCCUCUCUAAGGGUGGGGGAGGAGGGCAUGCAAAUGUACCUAACCUUCUUAACACUAUGAUGGAACUCCGAAAAUGCUGCAAUCAUCCUUACCUUAUAAAUGGUGCUGAAGAGAAAAUUUUGGAAGAGUUUAAAGAAACGCACAAUGUUGACCCUCCAGAUUUUCAGCUCCAGGCAAUGAUCCAUGCUGCUGGCAAACUCGUUCUGAUUGACAAGCUGCUGCCAAAACUGAAGGCUGGCGGCCACAGGGUGCUUAUCUUCUCCCAGAUGGUGCGUUGCUUGGACAUACUGGAAGACUACCUCAUUCAACGAAGAUACCCGUAUGAGAGAAUAGAUGGCAGAGUGCGAGGCAAUCUUCGCCAGGCUGCUAUUGACCGAUUCUCCAAACCCGAUUCUGAUAGGUUUGUGUUCCUGCUGUGUACGCGGGCAGGAGGUCUGGGCAUUAAUUUAACUGCUGCUGAUACUUGCAUUAUAUUUGAUUCUGACUGGAACCCCCAAAAUGACCUUCAGGCACAAGCUCGAUGUCACCGCAUAGGGCAGAGUAAAUCUGUGAAAAUUUAUCGGCUGAUUACAAGGAAUUCCUAUGAGAGGGAAAUGUUUGAUAAGGCCAGCUUGAAGCUUGGUUUGGAUAAGGCCGUCUUACAGUCAAUGAGCGGGAGAGACAAUGCUGCAAACGGGGUGCAACAACUUUCUAAAAAAGAAAUAGAAGAUCUGUUAAGAAAAGGGGCCUAUGGUGCAUUGAUGGAUGAAGAAGAUGAAGGAUCUAAGUUCUGUGAAGAGGAUAUAGAUCAAAUCCUUUCUAGGCGAACUCACACAAUAACUAUAGAAUCUGAAGGGAAAGGUUCCACUUUUGCAAAGGCUAGUUUUGUUGCAUCUGGAAAUAGGACAGACAUUUCCUUGGACGAUCCAAAUUUCUGGCAAAAAUGGGCAAAGAAAGCUGAAUUGGACAUUGAAGUUUUGAAUGGAAGGAACACUUUGGUAAUUGACACUCCACGAAUAAGGAAGCAAACCAGGUUGUUUAGUUCUGUAAAAGAAGAUGAGCUUAUGGAGUUCUCUGAUCUUGAGAGUGAUUCUGAGGAAAAACCAAACCUCAAACCACGUAGGCCCCUGGACAAAUCUCAAGGCUAUGCAAGGAGUGAAUGUUUCAGAGUAGAAAAGAAUCUUCUGGUUUAUGGGUGGGGGCGCUGGAUGGAUAUCCUUUCUCAUGGGCGAUUCAAGCGACAACUUUCGGAGCAAGAUGUAGAAACCAUUUGUCGUACAAUCUUAGUCUACUGCUUAAACCAUUACAGGGGGGAUGAAAACAUCAAAAGCUUCAUCUGGGAUCUGAUAACACCAACGGAAGAUGGUCAAACCCGAGCUUUGCUUAACCAUUCUGGUCUCUCUGCUCCAGUGCCCAGGGGAAGGAAAGGAAAGAAAGUCAAAAGCCAGAAUGCUCAGCCUGUGCUAAAACAUGCGGACUGGCUCCAGAGCUGCAACCCAGAUGCUUUGUUUCAGGAGGAUAGCUACAAGAAGCACCUUAAGCAUCACUGCAACAAGGUCCUGCUGCGUGUCCGCAUGCUGUACUAUCUGAAGCAAGAAGUGAUCGGAGACCAAGCUGACAAAAUCUUGGAGGGUGCUGACUCAAGUGAGGCUGAUAUAUGGAUACCCGAGCCAUUUCAUGCAGAAGUUCCUGCAGAAUGGUGGGACAUUGAAGCGGAUAAAUCCCUUUUAAUUGGAGUCUAUAAACAUGGAUACGAAAAGUACAAUUCCAUGCGGGCGGACUCUGCACUGUGCUUCCUAGAGAGAGUCGGUAUGCCUGAUGCUAAAGCUAUGGCUGCUGAGCAGCGAGGAACAGAUAUGCUGGCAGAUGGCGGAGAUGGGGGUGACUUUGAUAGAGAGGAUGAAGAUCCCGAAUACAAACCAGCAAGACUUCAGUUUAAGGAUGACAUUGAUGAUUAUGCUAACUCUCCACUUGAGGAAAAGGAAGAAGGUCUAGAAAUGGACAUCCGAGAAAAGCCUGGUGAAUGUAGCACAGAGUUAGGUCAACAGUACUGGCCUCAUACGUCAGCCUUGACCACUCGUCUCCGGCGCCUCAUAACGGCUUACCAACGCACUUAUAAAAGGCAGCAAAUGAGACAAGAAGCACAAAUGAGAACAGAUCGGCGUAGAAGGCGUCCUCGAGAUGAAGUUCGAGCUUUGGAAGCAGAGAGAGAAGCGAUUAUCACAGAAAAACGCCAAAAGUGGACAAGGAGAGAAGAGGCAGACUUCUAUCGUGUGGUAUCUACGUUUGGUGUAAUUGUUGACACAGCAAAACAAAAGUUUGAUUGGAAUCAAUUCCGAACUUACGCCAGACUAGAUAAAAAGUCUGAUGACAGUUUAGAAAAGUAUUUCAAUUGCUUUAUAGCUAUGUGCAAAAGAGUAUGUCGCAUGUCAACAAAACCUGAUGAAGAUUUCUGUGAUCUUGGUUCAGUAAUUGAGCCUAUAACAGAGGAACGUGCUUCUAGAACUUUAUACCGUAUUGAACUUUUGAGGAAGAUAAGGGAGCAGGUUCUCAAUAAUCCUCAACUGAAUGAAAGACUGAAACUUUGCCAGCCAAGCCUGGACUUACCUGAAUGGUGGGAAUGUGGAAAACAUGACAGAGACUUGCUGGUUGGUGCUGCCAGACAUGGUGUUAGCAGGACUGAUUAUCACAUACUUAAUGAUCCAGAGUUAUCAUUUUUGGAAGCCCAUAGGAAUUUUGCUCAAAACAGAGGAUCAGCACCACCAGGCAGUAUCUCAAUCCUUAUACCACCUGGUUCUGGCUAUAGUGAUACUCCACCUAUAAUGCCCUCUAGCCCUGUCCAGGAUGAGAAAGCAAUAGAGAAUGAGGAAGUCAAAUCUGAACAACUUAAUGAUCUUGAAAUUAAAGAAGAACCAGAAGUUAAAGAGGAAGAACCAGUGGACACUACAGAAACUUGUGUAAAGCAGGAAGGUGAGGUUGAAGACUUAGUUAAAAGUGAAAUUAAAACUGAGUUGACUCCAGAAGUAGAACCAAAAUCAAUUUCUGAAAAAGGCUCAGAGGAGGAUGAGGAAAAACUGGACGAUGAUGAUAAAUCUGAAGAGUCUUCCCAAGCUGAAGCUGGUCUAACGUCUCAGGAUAAAAACUUUGAUGAAGAAAGUAAUGCUUCUCUGAGCACCGCUCGUGACGAAACUCGAGAUGGAUUUUACUUGGAGGAUGGUGAUCAAUCCGGUCUCCAUAUGCUUCGAGAGAGGACCUUUUCAUUCUCUUUCUGGCCUAAGGACCGCGUGAUGAUCAACCGGUUAGACAACAUCUGUGAAACUGUGAUUAAAGGAAAGUGGCCGGUAAACAGGAGGCAGUUAUUUGACUUCCCGGGCCUCAUCCCUGGGUACACACCACCUGUUGUGGAUAGCCCCCUGCAGAAAAGGAGCUUUGCUGAGCUAUCAAUGGUUGCUCAGGGCAGCUACAGUGGAAGUGAAGAUAUCACUGCUUCACCACAACUGUCCCAGGAAAAUGCACUGAGCUUGUCUGUGCCACGGCAACGAAGACGGAGGAGAAGAAAAAUUGAAGUCGAGGCAGAACGAGCAGCGAAGAGGAGAAAUCUUAUGGAAAUGGUGGCUCAGUUACGAGGUUCUCAACUAGGGGCAGAAAAUGGACAAGAAAAAAUUGUGGAUUUAUCCAGUGCCUCAAGAGAGGCAACUAGUUCUACCUCAAGUUUUGCAUCUCUUACCCCCAAGUUUAUCUUGCCUAAUUCCUCCACCCCUGUUGCUGAUGCCUUUAAAACUCAAAUGGAGAGGCUACAGGCUGGGUUUUCACAUACACCAACCAGGCAUCUACUUAAUGGUUCCUUAAUUGAUGUGGAACCUCCCAUGAAGAGAAGAAGAGGAAGACGGAAAAAUGUUGAAGGACUUGAUCUGUUGUUUAUGAGCAACAAGCGGACUUCAUUGUCAAUGGACGAUUCUGAUGUGACCAAAGCAUAUGACGACGAGAUGGAUACACCACCUACCAGAAACAUUCCAUCUCCUGGGCAGUUGGAGCCAGAGACUCGGAUACCUGUCAUUAAUUUAGAGGAUGGGACCAGGCUAGUGGGGGAUGAUGCUCCUAAAAACAAGGACUUGGUUGAAUGGUUGAAGUUAAAUCCAACAUACACAGUUGAUAUGCCAAGUUAUGUACCAAAGAGUGCAGAUAUGAUGUUCUCUCCUUUUCAAAAGCCCAAACAAAAGCGGCAUAGAUGUCGGAAUCCAAACAAGUUGGACAUCAACACAUUGACUGGAGAUGAACGGGUGCCUGUUGUGAAUAAACGGAACGGCAAGAAGAUGGGCGGAGCAAUGGCCCCACCAAUGAGAGAACUUCCACGGUGGCUGGAAGAAAACCCAGAAUUCUCUGUUUCUCCAGAUUGGACAGAUAUAGUUAAACAAUCGGGUUUUGUCCCAGAAUCGAUGUUUGACCGUCUACUUACUGGACCAGUAAUAAGAGAAGAGGGAGCAAGCAGAAGGGGCAGAAGACCAAAAAGUGAAAUUGCCAAAGCAGCUGCAGCAGCUGCUGCAGCCUCAACAUCUGGAAUCAACCCUCUGCUGAUGAAUAGCUUAUUUGCAGGAAUGGAUCUUGCUAGUCUUCAGAAUCUCCAAAACCUGCAGUCUCUUCAACUUGCUGGUCUCAUGGGAUUUCCACCAGGGCUUGCAACAGCUGCUGGAGGGGAUUCUAAAAAUACUGCUACCAUGCUGCCACUAAUGCUGCCAGGUAUGGCUGGGUUGCCGAACAUGUUUGGACUUGGUGGACUUUUAAAUAACCCUUUAGCAGCUAGUGGUGGGAAUUCUACUACAGUUUCCUCACAAGGAGAAACUGAAGAUGGCACUUCAAAGCCUGGAGAAAAGUCAACAGGAGUUGAAGAGGAGGCUAAAGACUCUGAGAAGAGUACGGACACUGGUUCUGCUUCUGACUCUGCUAAUGGAUCUGUUGGUGCUGCUACUACUACAGCUGGGUUGUCCACCAAUCCUCUGGCCUUCAAUCCUUUCCUACUAUCCACUAUGGCUCCAGGUCUGUUUUACCCAUCCAUGUUUCUACCUCCAGGACUAGGAGGAUUGACAUUGCCUGGUUUCACAUCACUAGCCGGACUUCAGAACACUGUGAGCACUAGUGAAGAGAAGGCUGUAGAUAAAGGUGAAGGUGAAAAUCAGGAGGCCAGUGACACAGAGGAGAACAUGGAUAAAACUGCAGAUUCAUCUGUUUUGGAAGAUGAAAUAGCACAUGGAGAAGAUUUGGACUCGCCUGAUGGGGUGGAUGAAAUGGACAACAAUGAAAAUGAUGAAUAACAUUCUCAGUUACAGUUAAAGUGUUCUAAACUUUUUGACAAGUGGUAGUCCUACUGUUUACACUCACAGUAAAUGUCCAUACCUAGUUUUUAUAAGCUGUUCUGUAAAAUAGUGUAGAGAAGAAAAAGUCCAAGUCAUGUCAUACGGAUGUGUCAAAAGGUAUUUUGGUCAUUUAAGUAUUGUGCAGUGCAUUAUUUAUUAUUCCUAUGAGAGAUUAAUUUCCACAGAAGAAUGGUGUCUUUUUAAGGAAAUUUACAUAAUGCUCUGCCGGUGUUUUUUUCUGUUUUUAUUUUAUUUUAAUUUUUUUCUUCUUAAACCAUUGGUAUUAUUUGAAGAGCAGCAUUUUUGUAAUCAUGUGGUGCAAAUAGAAGGAAAAGCUGCUUAAGGAAGUAUGAAGUUAUUUAAUUCUAGUUUUUUUUAUUUUCUUUGCUGUGAAGGUCAAGAUGAAUUUUUUUUUUACAAUGCAUAUCAUAACUACUUGUUUUUUCUCACUGUCUGAGGGUUUCCCACACAAAUACAGAAACCCUUUCUGACAAUCUCCAUACUAGAGCAAAUGUCUCCUACUUGAGACACAGCAAUAAUAAGGCAGCUGUUGAAUGUGAAGAAAACCUUUUUUUUGCAAACCUACCCACUGAAAAGGUUGUUACAGGACAAAACUACAGUUGAAUCGUCUCAUUAUUUUGUAAUGCACUGGUAUAAGCAUAAAAUUUAAAAUCAGGUACCUUUUUUUAAUUUCUUUUCUUUUUAAAUUAAAAGACUUUGUUACUUUAGCCGCAAAGCUAAACAGCAUUACCUCAACUCUAAACUAGCCUUGAAGUUUACAGACAUGACUUUGUAAAUGUUUUUUUCUUUUUCGUUUUUUUUGUUUGUUUUUUUGUUUGUUUUUUGUGAUGUCUUCUUCUUUUUUUGAAACUGCUAUCAUGUAAGAUAAACUGUAAAUUGCUGCCAACAGUAGUAAUGAUGCUUUUAAUAAAAGUGUUCCAUGAGAUGCAGUGAUGUAUGUAGAAAAUGUAGAAGUGUUUAGGGAAACCAAAUGAAAUCUGGUGUUCACCACUUUAUAUUUUGUACUUAAAAUAGACGCAAAUACAGUAUUAUGGCUUUUGUAUA